AUGGCGUCUACCGAUUUUAUCCCCACAGUACAAAAUUCCACAAAUGCUACAGAUUUGCCUGAUUUCUGUGAACCUCUCUAUGUUUCCGGAUUUCUUCACAUUCUUGUGACCCAUGUCAGUCUCAGCAUUGCUAUCCUCGGUAUUCCAGCUAAUAUUCUCGCUCUAAUUGUCCUCAACUACCGUGUUUCUAAUAGAAAUCCCACUCAAGUCCUUCUGACAGCUCUCGCUAUUGAGGAUAUACUAAUAAUAAUUUUCUACAGUAUUUACUAUAUUGCUAUUCACUAUUUUGAAUCAGAUAACAUUGAAUGGCUAGGAAAUUUGCGAUAUGUUGAUACUCCACUAUUCUACUUAGUCAAUUCAACAAAGAUGAUUGAAAUAUAUACAGUGGUACUUUUAAGUCUGGAACGCUAUGUCGCUAUACGAUGGCCUUUGAAGGCUGCCCGGCUUUGCUCUGUUGGACGUACGAAGCGAGGUCUUCGAAUAAUUGUGGUGCUUUCUGGAAUAUUUAAGCUUCCAAAUUUUAUAUUUGAUUACCGAGUUUUGAGGUGGAAUAAUGCUUGCCAAACUUACAGAUUGGAACCCGUAUUUGGUUCUGAGUCAUGGUACCCAACCUUUAAAUUGGCCUAUGUUCAAAUUCUCGACCAAGUCUGUUCCUUUGUCAUUCCACUGAGCCUUCUCAUCUUCUUAAACUGUGGUCUUAUUCUAAGAAUUCGUCGUUUUACCAGACGGCAUACUCACGGGCACUGGGUUGGUGCAAAUGAGAUGAGUUUGGAUAAUUCAGCAUAUAGUAAUAUGUAUUACUCGGAGGCUUCACCAAACACAUUUAGUAGUAUUGUCUACGCAGAUAAAACUGUAUUGACAAGAAACCUGCCGUUUCAAACAUCUUUUCGAUUCCGAAGAAAUCAUACCGAUAAACAUAGUCUCAGCAGUGAACAAGAGGAACCGACGAGUCGGACAACUACUUGUACAGAAGGUGUUUGUUUAACAAGUAUAACAUCGGAAUCAAGACAAAGAAAUCUGAAUUCAAAAAACCAGAGCAUUUUGCUUACUCUAGUGGGGGUUGUAACAGUUUUCAUAAUAUGUGAGACGCCUACGACAGUGUGCUUUCUAUUUGAAAUGGCGACUUUGAUUUACAGACUCUAUCAAGGAGAUUUCAACGACACCGCCAGUACCAAAGAUUCUGUUCUUUUGGUGACUUCAGACAAUUUGUACUACUAUGCUUAUCCAGUUGCUCUAUUGCUCGUCUUAGUUGGAUGCUCUUCAAAUUUCUUCAUUUACAUGCUGUUUGUUAUCAUGGCGCAUAAAAUGUGCUGCUGUAAGGAUAAAACAAAAAAAGCCACAAACUAUGGCCUUGUUAAACCGCUGAAACUUCUCAGCCGAAGCAAAUCGAUAAAGACCCACCCACCUCGACCGCCUGGUCGUCCAAUGCGAAUCGAAGCAGACAAGGUCAUAUUGAAUUCAAACAGCUAA